UCGCGCCGUGAAUCCCAACUACCAUCCAUCAAAACCUCGGCGUCUCCGCGCCUCUCUCUCUCUCUCUUCAGGGCGCGGCGCGGUUUUCUGCGAACUGCUGAAACUCUAACCUCCAUUUCCUUCUCGGCUCACCACUCUUCCUUUCUCAUUUCCCUUCCAUUCGAUAUGCCAUCAAUGGCGCUUCACUUCGCCACCUCCUCCUUCGCCGCCGCUGCGGCCGGCAACUCCAUUUCCUUCUCUUCAUCCCUUUCCUCCUCCCUACCCACCCUCCCCAGCCGCUGUCUACUCCGGCGCCGCCGCCCGACUCGCAUCGCAACAGUACGCGCCAAGAUCCGCGAGAUUUUUAUGCCGGCGCUCAGCUCCACCAUGACCGAGGGCAAGAUCAUCUCCUGGAUCAAGACCGAGGGCGAUCGCCUCUCCAAGGGCGAGAGCGUCGAGUCGGACAAGGCCGACAUGGAGGUCGAGACCUUUUAUGACGGAAUUCUAGCCUCCAUCGUUGUACCUGAGGGCGAGAUCGCCCCCGUCGGGGCUCCGAUCGGUCUCCUUGCCGAGUCCGAGGAAGAGGUUGCCCUAGCCAAAGCCAAGGCGCAGUCUCCCUCGCAAUCCCAGCAGGCUCCUGUUUCUGCUCCUCCCCCGUCUCCGGUUGCAGCCGCUCCCAUCCCUUCUCCCUCUCCAUCGCCGGUGUCAGCUGAGGGACCGAGGAAAUUGGUAGCCACGCCCUACGCGAAGAAGCUCGCGAAGCAGCAUAAGGUGGAUAUUGGCUCUGUGGUGGGUACUGGGCCCUAUGGGAGGGUCACUCCUCAGGAUGUGGAGCUGGCUGCCGGGAUCCAGACUAAGAAGCCUUCUCCGACUCCUGCGGCAGCUCCGACUCCUGUGUCAAAAGGCGCCGCAGUUGCUCCGCUUGCUGAGAAAGCUGUUUUGCCUCCAAUCCCGGGCUCAACAGUGGUAUCCUUCACGACAAUGCAGGCAGCAGUGUCGAAGAACAUGUUGGAAAGUUUAUUGGUUCCCACAUUUCGGGUUGGAUAUCCAGUUAUCACUAAUGCACUUGAUGCACUUUAUGAAAAGGUUAAGUCAAAAGGGGUGACAAUGACUGUUCUGUUGGCAAAGGCUGCAGCUAUGGCACUUGCACAGCAUCCAGUUGUUAAUGCUAGCUGCAAAGAUGGGAAGAGCUUCAGUUAUAAUAGCAACAUCAAUAUUGCAGUGGCCGUGGCAAUUGAUGGUGGGCUUAUAACUCCUGUUCUCCAAGAUGCUGAUAAACUGGAUAUCUAUCUUCUUUCUCAGAAAUGGAAGGAACUUGUGAGCAAAGCUCGAUCUAAACAGCUCCAGCCCAAUGAGUACAAUUCAGGAACAUUUACUCUAUCGAAUCUUGGGAUGUUUGGAGUAGAUAGAUUUGAUGCUAUUCUCCCUCCUGGUCAGGGGGCUAUUAUGGCUGUUGGAGCAUCCAAGCCAACAGUUGUGGCGGGUGCGGGUGGUUUCUUUUCUGUAAAGAAUAAAAUGCUGGUUAAUGUGACAGCAGAUCACCGGAUUAUUUAUGGUGCGGAUUUAGCUGCUUUCCUUCAGACAUUUUCAAAGAUAAUUGAAAAUUCUGACAGCUUAACUCUGUAAGAGCAUCGCUGGAUCAUCUGGUUCUGAUGCAGAUUUCCAGCUGAGCGGAACUUCUGUCACUUCAGCAGGUUUUGCUGCUGAAAAUUUUAAAUUUUUUUUUUAAUGUUGUAUCUUCAAUUUUUUCCUUAUGUUUUUAAUGUAGAAACGAGGUGAAAGAGCACAUCGCAAACCUUUUUUUUGCUAUUUUUUAUAUAUUUCAAGGUACAUUUUUCAUAAUAAAAA